AUGUUCACAAGCGAAGAAACCCCAAGCCUCCUACCGACGAGGAUCUCUCGAAUGAUCAAUGACAACACAUUAGUUGGUGCUAUUCUAGUCCUUGCAUCCUUCAACAUGUUACAAAAGCCUUCAUCUUCCAAACCAACUUUUGAUUUCGAUCUUUUCUCUUCCUCUGAGGAAUCCCAAGGAGAAGAAGAAAAACCUCAAGAUGAUGCUAAUGACAAUGAUACGAAUUCUGAGUGUUCUACCUUGGACAUAGGAUAUUUGGAUGAAAACUUUGCAGAUCCUUUUGCCUUGUUAGAACUCCGAGACAGUAUUGUAUCCUCUGCCUCCAAAGUUGACUCCCCCGACAAACAAGUCGCAAACCUUGAUUCCAUUAUUUAUCAGAAGGUUACAAGUCUCAAUUCCAAGCUAGAGCUCAUUCUCAAAUAUCUUUUCGAGAUCAAAUAUGUUGCUCCCUCUGAACUAGAUCAAGCCAAUCAACUUGACCAACUCAUUUCCCUCCAGUUCAAGCACACUGUUGAAGAAGUCGAACAGAAGUAUAACAAUAGCCUCAAUCAUCACAUCUCCAUCAUCACCACUACGUGUACGCUUCAUGACUACAUGAUUAAUUUUACCGACAAACCCAUCAAGCAAACUCAUUUUCGUCAUGAGAAACAAAUUCAAAGGCUGGAAAAGGAGAUUCAUAAAGAAAAUGAAAUGAAUAUGAUUAUGCAACAUGUUCUCCUCAAGCUGAUCCAUGCAACUUGGAAUGUUGCUGAUGUUUUGAACAACAAGUUCUAUGAGAUGCUCGUAAAUAUUGAUGAAACAUUUUCCCAUCAUAAAUUUCAAGCUCCUACAGUCGAAGCUUACAAUGCUCUCUCCAAAUAG